AUGGGUAUGGAGAAACACUACAGGGACGAGGAACUCUCUGAGUACCUCUACCCUCCAGAAAUAUUACAGAAAUUAGAUUUUACUAAGAGUCCUGCUACUUUUAAACCAAAAAUAAGUGCAGCAAGCCCAGGAGAAGAUUGGAUGGUUGUCAGACCUCUCCAGAGGUCUGAUUAUGAUAAAGGGUUUCUACAAUUACUAAGCCAAUUAACAAGCACUGGGAAUAUUUCAAAAAAACAAUUUGAUGAGAGAUUCACUCAAAUGAAAAUGUCUGGUGGGUACUAUGUCACAGUCAUAGAAGACAAGAGACUGGCAAAGAUCAUUGGUGCAGCCACACUCACUGUGGAACAAAAGUUCAUACAUAACUGUUCCUUGAGAGGCCGUUUAGAAGAUGUUGUAGUGAAUGAUACCUACAGAGGAAAACAACUCGGAAAACUUAUUGUUGUGACAGUAUCGUUAUUAGCCCAUGAGUUAGGCUGUUACAAAAUGUCGUUAGAUUGCAAGGACAAGUUAAUUAAGUUUUAUGAAAGCCUUGGUUAUAAACUUGAGGCUGGCAAUUCUAAUGCUAUGAAUAUGCGGUUUGAAGAGCCAUCUUGA